UAAAUUUGUUAAAAGGGUGUGCGAUUACGUGUGUGUGUAUUGAGUGUCCAGUCGACGGCAGCCAGAAAUAGGAUUGGAUUCAACUGGGUUUUGGAGCCAACCUCGCAUCAUCCUAGCGUUAAUAAGAUGCCGGAAUUGACAGAACUGGACAAGGCAGCGACCUCCGAACCUACCAAGGUUGAGGCGGCAGCGGCUGGUUCUGGGACCGAUUCCGAUUCCGACGAUACCAUUCCGGAGUUGGAAGAUGCCGGUGCAGGCGGUACCGUCGGAUUCCCUGGGACGACCGUUACCGGUCUCCCCAUUGACAUGGUUUCGAAGGCUAAACAGAGUCGUGGUGAGAAGAAGGCCAGGAAACUCAUGAGUAAACUCGGACUUAAACCGGUACAAGGAGUUAACCGAGUAACAAUACGUAAAUCGAAGAACAUAUUGUUCGUGAUCAAUAAACCAGAUGUUCUGAAAAAUCCGGCUUCGGAUACCUAUAUUGUCUUUGGAGAAGCUAAGAUUGAAGAUUUGAGUCAGCAGGCGCAAGUUGCAGCUGCCGAGAAGUUCAAGGAACCACCAGUUAUACCAGCCACAGAGGCCGGCGGCAGUACAACGGUCGUCGCGCCCAUUCUCGAAGAAUCUGAAGAAGAAGUGGAUGAAACGGGUGUCAGUGGCAAAGACAUAGAUCUUGUCAUGUGUCAGGCUAACGUCACUCGGGGCAAAGCUGUUAAAGCUUUGAAAAAUAACGAUAAUGAUAUCGUUAAUGCGAUCAUGGAGUUGACAAUGUGAUCUCGCCAUAAGGUCACCACUUCGUCAUUGUUGAAUCAGCCAGUCAUUAUACUUUCUUCCGUCAUAUUAUUUCGCUGCAAGGAAUAAUUGAUUACGUGGGAGGGAUCUGCAUUUGAUUAACAUCAUGAUCCAAAUACAAAAUGACAUGUAUAUAUAUAUAAUUCAUACAAAAAGUAAACACAUAUUAAGAAUGCCAAACA